CAUUUCUGUCUUGUGCCGAAUGCCUUUUCCAUACCCUGUGCAUUCUUUAUUCUCUAUUAUUCGCUCGCAAUCGCAUCCAAUACAAGGUAUAAUUGUCGCUCAAAAAAUUAAAUAUUGCAGCCCUCAGAACUCAUUCGGUCAGUGCAAGCUCACACCCAGCAAUCCAGCCAGAGUCAUGGAGUUUGAGGAGGAAAGCUUCUUGGAGGAGCUUCUUGCCCUCAGAAGAGAAGCCUGGGACAGCUACCCUGUGGGAAUGAGCGAGCUCCUUUUGCCCACUGAAGGAAACAUAGGCUGCUCACGAGAGAUCUCGACUUGGAGUGUUUCUCCUGACGACUGCGAUAAUCAGCAGCUGAUCAAAGGGCUUAACUCUGACUCCGUCUGCUUCCCGGCCGCAUCAGGUGGAGGUCUCUCAGCAGCAGUAGCAGUGGCACCGCCACAAUCGAUCUCUGCAACAGGGGGCACGGUGCAUGCAAACAUCUGUUUCUUAGAGCAGAAGAAGCUUAGACGACCAAGCCAUGAAGAAAUGGCUGCAGACAACACAAAGGCAAUACAAGCUCCUUCAGCCCUUGUUUUAGGCUCUCGCCUGGAGAGAAGGAACGGCAAGUCGAAGAAGGUGGAUGGUGUUCCGUCCAAGAACCUCAUGGCUGAGAGGAGGAGAAGGAAGAGGCUCAAUGACAGGCUCUCCAUGCUCAGAUCUGUUGUCCCCAAGAUCAGCAAGAUGGACAGGACAGCCAUUCUGGCGGACACCAUCGACUACAUGAAAGAGCUGUUGGAGAAGCUCAAGGACUUGCAGGCAGAGGCAGAUGCAGAUGCAGAUGUUGAUCCGAACCAAGCAAAUGAUUUGUUGGGCUUGGGCAUGUUGCAGUUCAACAGCUCCAACAUCCAAGUGCCUUCGUCAAAUUCCCCAAAGUUUGAGGUCGAAAGGAGAGAUGCAGACACCAGGAUAGGGAUUUGCUGUGGCAUGAAGCCGGGGCUGUUGGUGUCCACGCUGAGCACAAUGGAGGCACUGGGGUUGGAGGUGGAGCAGUGUGUUGUGAGCUGCUUCAGUGACUUUGGCAUGCGUGCUUCUUGCUCUGAUCAUGACAAUGGGAACAGGGAAAGAUUCAGCUCUGAGGAUAUUAAGCAAGAGCUUUUCAGGGCAGCAGGCUGUGGAAGAAAGUUUUGAUUGAGACAAGGACAAGACAGAAAUUUGUAUUAUUGUUGGAAGAAGAGGACUGUAUCUUCAGCCAAGAUGUGUCCUUGAUUUGUUCAUCAGAAGCUACAUAUGUCCAUGACUUGGCUGAUUCAAUGAAGUUAUUUUCCACAACUAAAGAAGUAAUUG